ACCUGAGAAGACUCUAGAGGCCGCCUGUGGAAUUAUCUCGCUCAAUGCUGAUUAUUAUUUAUGAGUUUCAGCAGGGAAACCACUGAUCUUUUUUAGGGAAUCAAUUGUUCAAUUUGAUCAACAAGGGUUUAAACACCACGCGAACAAAGUCGCGGGCACCAGUCAGUACGUAAACCUGAUUUUAGCGAUAAGGGUGGGCUGUGGGCAGUGACUGACGUAUGUUCGAUUACACGAAAUUAUUGUUUUCUAAGUCUGGAGUAAAACGUACCAAAUGUAUAUUUACUUCCACCUCUUAACUCGUUAAAAAAGUAACUCUAAUGAUCUUAUCAAAUGUUUUAAUGCUGAUAAAAACUGGCACCAUAUAUGCAUGAAUACACGCAAAGUAUUUCAAUAAGUAAUAUCAAUACGAUGCGGUCGUUCAGCAUAAAAGUUGCGCGUCCUCCGAGGCGCCAGUCGCCGCGUAGUCGGCUCGAGAGCAACACGUCCCUAACAAAGUCGAACACGUGACCUGCGCGUGACCCUCACCUCGAAAUCCGACAAGGCGAUCUUACGCAAAAGGUCAUCAAUUUCGACCCUCCGAUAUCAUGGCCUCAGUCGACUACUCGAAAGUGUCCAUCGAGGAGAAGCCGCUCUACACACCUCCCUUGGAGGAGGUGGCCGAGGUUUUAUCUGAGGGCCUCCGGAAAACGUUCGAGUUCGUGAAUGUGACGGUCGAAGACUGCCCCGACCUCACCAGAGAGCCGUUCGACCUCACGACGCCCGGGCUGUCGGGCGACAGCAAAUUGGUGGAGCUGGGCGGCCCGCCCUACCUGACGCCGCAGGUGCGUCGCGACAAGGUGUACGACUUGGCCGCUCUGCUGCGACACCUCGGACGAGACCCGGCGCUCCUGGCCGGGGCCGGGGCCGGGCCGUGGCCGCAUCUCGGCGUCAACUGCGAGGGCAUCAUAAACCUGUCGGUGCGCGAGGGCGCGGUGACGCAGGGCACGCGCGUCGUUUCUGUGACUCCGCCGGGCGCGGCUAAGGGCCAGGCCUCGUACCUGCAGCGGAGGCUGCCUCCCGGCGAGACCAGGACGGCGCUGCUCGGCAACUACCUGCUCAGCGAGGGCCGGCCGGGCCGGGUUCUCAAGGUGGUCGUCGAGAAACGGAUCGGCCCGUCGAACUUCAUCACCGCCAUCAGAGAAACUCUGAAGGAGCGGUACGGCGGCAGAGCGGUCGGUCUGGGCGGGGCGUUCCUGCUGGCCGCGGGCAAGGUGAAACACCACGUGAUGCCGGACUUUAGCGCUUCGCCCCUCUGUUCCGACGAAGACGUGGACCGUUGGCUGCACUAUUUCGAAAUGACCGCGCCCAUCGUGCACUUGGGCACCCUCGUCACCGGCGACCUGGGCCUGGACCUGCGCGUGCAGCACUUCCACGGGUACAGCGCGCACGGCGACGGAGGCCACUACCACUACGACACCACGCCCCUGGAGGUGCGCUACGAGGGGUACUUCACCAUCGCCUCCUCCGUGAUCAGGGUGGACCGGCCCCUGGAGACGCACGGCGUCGGACGAGACUGACUCGAAGGACGCCAGCGUUUUAUUUCUCGAGCGGAUAUUUCGAUCCGCCGGGAACUCGACUCGGUCGGACGAUUUCAGGAUUACAAAAAUAGAGUAGCACUUAAUAUCUACAAUUGUCUUCUCGUCGACUUCGAGAGGCGCUCAGGAGCGGAAGAAGCGCACGGCGCGCACCACGUACUGGCGGCAGAUGGGGCACUCGGGCAGGCGCUUGGC